AGGAAAGUCCAUCUGAAGGUUUGACAUUGGACGAGAGUAGUUUGACAAUGACUGAGGACAAUUUACUUGAUGACUCCUUCCAGGACAAAGUAACAGUGGAUAAUGAUGUUAGUUUUCUCUUGGACAACUCUACAGAAAUUAAUUACAUAGACGAGGAAACAGUGAAAUCUCAUUCUACAAGUAGUAGUUCAGUUCCACCUACAACAGUGAGCAGUUUAUCCCCUGCAUCUAAUAACAAUGAUGUAAAUGCCCAGGAGAUAAUGACAACAUCAAUGACAUCAGAAAUUACUGACUCUGUUUUCACUACUCUUAACCCCGGGACCAUUAUACCAAACAGCCCCUUGGUACAAACCACAACCAGCGUUAUCUCUUCCCCCUCUCAGUCAUAUGGAAAAGAAAGCAGUGAAGUGCCUGUGAUGACUGAAACGGUAUCAGAGGUACCAGAGAUGCAAAGUACCACAUUUGGCAGCACAUCUACAACUACUCGACUUUCUCCUAGCACUCGGAAGAGAAGAUUGCCUUUGAGAAAGGAUUUUGCUAUUGCACUGUUAAAAAUAGUUUCCCGUGUGAAUCGCCCUACUGUACCAUUCUAUGUUACAACUGUCACUUCUAAUUUAAAUGAAGAUUCUACAGUACCAUACUCACUACCUGUUACUUCAGCGGCUGAAAUGAUUUCAGAGCUCUCUCAACAAGACGUCACUACCUUCUCUCCAUAUGUCACAUCAAUGGCAAAAAAGAUUACAACAAGAGCUGUAACAUAUUCUCCAAAGGUUGUUUCUUCUGCCACUGUGGGAACCACACCACAUAGUUCCACUGCUAAACUAAAAGCCAAUUCCAUUAAUUCGGUGACAGAGAAAAUGCCAGAAGUUUUCACUACAUCUGACUUGUUUAAAUCGACAUCUACAUUUGCACCACUGUCUUCACCAUUACUUAGCCUUUCUUCUGAUGCAAUAAAUUCUACCACAGCAACUCCAACUGCAACUGUAGCAGUUCCCAUUACUGAAACUACUUUAUCAGAAACUGUCACUGUUGUUUCCAGUACAGAAACUCUCACGUCAACAGUUUCUGAAAUAAAGCCUCCUACAAGCACAGAAGCUAUAAACAAUCUUGUUGCAAAUAAGUCUGUAGCUGCCUUUACAGAAAAUAUUACUGAUGAAAUACAGACAAGUUAUUCCAAUAAAAUUGUACAUACCAGCAACUCAUCUUCUCAGGAAGCAAUGAAAAUUAGGAAUUCUAAAAUCAGAUUUGUUUCUGUUGACAGACCACCUCUGGAAAGUGACAGUCUUGUUACUGAAUCGUCACCUGACUUAAGUUCUUCAGUAAAAGAGGCUGUAGUUACGGUGCAAUCAACAGCAACUUAUUCAAAUACUGAAAAAGUUUCAGCAUCUUCUACUGUAAAAAUUCCUGCCUCUUCUAGUACAACAAGUGACAGUGAGUUUGCUUCUGUAGAGAUGCUGAAAAUGAUAAAUACAUCAACAAUGGCUGUUUCAGUUGACAGAGCUCUUCCAAACAAUGAUACCCUUGAUGCAAAUCAAACAAUCAAUCUCAUACCUUCUGCUUCAUCUAACACAUCCAGCAUUUCCUUGCCAGUGACAGAAGCAUCAAAGCUUGUUAUGGACUCUGUGACACAAUCUGUACCAUCUUCUACAGAGACUGACUCCUUAGUUAGAACACGCUUCCCAGUGAGAAUUACUAUUGCACCAAGAGGUACUGCUAGUACCACUACUAUACCUCCACUUGUAAAAGGAAAAAGCAAUAGUGAUCCAGUUGCCCAAAGGAGGAUGGUGGAUAAUGUUAAUGACGAGACUCAGUAUUUAGCCACUACAUCUCAUUAUCAAACUACAACUACAGUCCGCACUCCUCUUCCCUUUGUUAUCUUUGGAAUAUUCCCUAAUAACACUGUGUUCCGCAAAUACCCUCAUUCUGGAAAGACAGAACAAGUCAGUGAAAAUGAGAUCGCUAGACAUCAAGAGUAUUAUCCUGAAGAGCAGACAUCACAGACCAGUUAUACUACCUCAGUAACUGGUGACCCAAUAGGAAAUGAAAUAUUAUACAGGAAUGCAAUGAGAAAUUCAGUUCAAACAAGUCUGCCUCGUGCUACAGUGAAUACAAGGCUGCCUGCAGGAAGAAAUCCAUCAGAGAAUGAAGUAGCAUGGGCUCUUGGCACCAGAACAAGCAUCCCUAUUCCACCAGCACAAAGUGAAAUAGACAGCGGGCAGCAGACUGAAAUGAUCAGCGAUUCCAAAAAGUUCAUCACAGGGUCUGAGUCAAUAGUAGUGAGUGCUUCUGACAGAUCAGUGAUUCCUACUGUUACUCAGCGUAUACAGCCUCAAGUGACAUUUGCUCUUCCAUCUGAGGUAUCAAAUUCUGUCUAUAAUGUUCAGGGCUCCAAAUACAGCAACUAUUGGUCCAGCUCCACGAGUGAGAAGCCCAAGUUCCACUACAUUACCAGCAACUCUCUUUCUGCAGAAAUUUCAACAUCAACAUCUAUCCCCCUGUUCAUUGUUACACCUGAACCAGCAACUUCCAGCACGACAAAGAUAGUAUAUAAAUGGAAACCAGUUACUGAUAAGCAAAAUCUUGUUGAAAAGACCACCGACAAUGCCAUAUCCUCAACAAAAACUGAAAAACUGAACAUUGCUACACAGUUGCCCAUACAAACAAAUGCUCAGACAGUCCCUUCAUCAACUGUGAGCAGUACUGAAGCAACAUUACCAUUGUCAUCAUCAACCAUGACUGUAUCCCAGAUCACAGAUAACAUAUUGCGUGGAGUACCUAAACUUGAGACUGCUGCUACCAUUCUAUCUGGCAUCAGUAAUCCACAAGAGAUGACAACCCCAGUGAUCAGUGCAAGUGAAUCAACAAGCAAACUAUCCACAGUUGAAAGGAUUGGUAGCACACUUUUACCAUCAGUGCCAACGAUGAAAGAAAGAGUAGCUACUAGUGCUAGAGUAACCACAGAAAGAUUCUUGUCACAACCAGCAACAUCACCAUCACCUCCGCUGAGUAUUAGAGGCUUGAUUUCGAGGGUUCUGGGAAAUAUUACACCAAACUUGUCAACAGCUUCAACUAUUGGAAAGUCUACUGCAUCUCCAGUAAUGACAGUGACAGCCAAAAGACAGCUGACAACUAUGACAUCACUACCAGUAAGUUCCUACAUAACUGAAAGACUGGUGACAGUAACUCCUGUUGCCCCACUGACAAAUAAUUCAUCUUCAAAACCUGUUGACAUGUCAUCUGCAUCUGUAGAAACUAAAACAGUUGCUCUGACCACUAAACCAGCAACUUCACAACCGACCACUGCUAAGGCUGCACCUGCCACAGUAACAACUAUUAAGACAACAACCAAAGCUACAACUGUGAAACCAGCUAUUGUGACCAUUGCUACAUCUCUCAUGACAACAACUUUGAAACCUACCAACCACAAGUCAUCAACCUCUAAACCCUCUACACCAAAGCCUACAACUUCCAAACCUACCACAGCAAAGCCAACAACUCCCAAAGCAACCACACCAAAGCCAACAACUCCCAAACCUACCACAUCAAAGCCAACAACUCCCAAACCUACCACACCAAAGCCAACAACUCCCAAACCUACCACACCAAAGCCAACAACUCCCAAAUCAACCACACCAAAGCCAACAACUCUCAAACCCACCACAGCAAAGCCAACAACUUCCAAACCCACCACAGCAAAGCCAACGACUUCCAAACCCAUCACACCAAAACCAACAACUUCCAAACCCACCACUCCAAAGCCCACUACUUCCAAACCUAUGACACCAAAGCCAACAACUUCCAAACCUGCUGCACCAAAGUUAACAACUUCCAAAACUACAGCACCAAAGCCUACAACUCCCAAACCAACCACACCAAAGCCAACGACUCCCAAACCCACCACUGCAAAGCCAGUGACUUCUAAACCCACUACACAAAAGCCUACAAGUUCCAGACCCACCACACCAAAGGCAACAACUUCUCAGCCAGCAGCACCAAAUCCUAAUACUUCUAAACCAACACAAAAAAUUACCCGUCCACUGGAAAAUACCAUAUCCACAGUUGCUCAAACUACUUCUGACUCAACUUCCGCAACUUAUACUCCACCUCCUGUUACUUCUCCUAGAAAUUCACUUGCAUACUCAUCACUGAACACUGUGGAAUCAGGCAUAAAACAUGUAGAAAGUGAAUCUGUGCAUGAAAGAAAUAGCUGGCAGACACUAGACAGACAAGGUCGUCUAGAAGAACUCUCUCUUCUUAAUAUUCUGGCACAAAAUGUUGGUAGCAGGCAAGAACAAAGGAAAGUGAAUCUGGCUGAUAAGGUCAUUGAAGCAGCUUUGCAGCGGUCUUCUACAACUUCUUUGCCCCUUUUCAACAAUAAUCUUCCAAAAACAAAAGUAUUACAGACAUUGGAAAAUGGUGUAGAGAGUAAUCGUUUCUCUUUGGACCUGCUGGGACAGCCAAGUGUAAAUAUUAAUGCAGAUGAUGUGACUGAUGAACCAACUGUUAGUUCAAGCGUAGUGGAACUGGAGAUUCCAAAGAAUACUCCUGUAGUUUCUUCCAAGUCUCCUACAGUGGAAACAGUCACUUCAGGAAAACUGAGCCCUCAGGAUGAACAGCUUCUUUUAGCAUUGUUUGGAAAUCAAAUUUCAGGUGCUCUUCAGCAGCCAAAAUCUCAGAGUACACGAUCUCGGUCCAGACUGAGCCCAGAAGAGCAAUUACUAGCUUCACUGCUUCGUCAGCAAGCCUCAGCAGACUUAAAAACCUCUUCAAAGGGUGGCCAGCAGCAAAAGGAACAAGUACCUGAGGGACACUCCCUAUCUACACUAUCAACAAAACCAAAAUCACAGGGGCUGCCAGUACCUGGGAAACUAAGUGAAGAAGAACUGCUUCUAUCCUUAUUGGGUGGUCAACCCAAAACUACACAGAAGGCAACAGAACGGGUAAAUUCCACCCGUACAAAGCUUUCUGAUGAGGAGAUCCUUGCUGCAUUGUUAAGUGGACAAUCAAAAGGAUCUACAAGAACGGUGGCAACCACACAGGUAAAUUCCACCCAUACGAAGCUUUCUGAUGAGGAGAUCCUUGCUGCAUUGUUAAGUGGACAAUCAAAAGGAUCUACAAGAACGGUGGCAACCACACAGAGAACAUCCACAAAAUCUAGAAGACUGUUGACAGAUGAACAGAUCAUUGCUGGGUUGCUAUCAGGCUCAACCCCAGCAAGUCCAGCAGACCAGGCUCGCUUAGCUGAAUUACUUAAUGGCGGGAGACACAGAACAAGAGUGACAACAACUACAACUCCUGCUGUGCCAAGAGGGCUUGGUUUUCUCUUAGCACGUCCUGGAUCACAGGGUCUUUUCUCAUCUGCCCUCCAGCCAGAUGCAGGAAGUAUAGAUCCAGGAGCAGAUCUGAGUGGUGGGGAAGAUGGAAUCCGUGGUCCAAGGGAACAGGGCACACUUGUGAAAGCUGCGAUUGAUGUAACAAAGGCUGUUUCACAGUUUAUGAGUGCUGUUAUCCAGGGUGCAACUCGUUCUUUCCAGUCAUUCUUUAGGAGUGGCACAAAUCUACUGAGCCAGUAUUUUAGCCUGGGUUCAGCACAAGCAGGAAACUUCCAGUUACGGUGAAACAAUGGAAAGAAUACAUGAAGAAUCAUAUGGCAACUUGCAAUACUAAUAUCUCAGGACGGAAGUACCAACUUCAGGGAAUAACCAAUUUAAUUAAUAUGCUACAUUUGUGAUUUGUGGCAUUCAGUUUGGUAAAAAAGUUCCUUAUUUUAUAUCCCAGUCUAUUUUGUGUACUUCAAUCAUAUGAGGGUAUCUCUUCUGAGGAAGUGACAAAGUACAGAAAGGCUGUGCAAGGACAAGGACAAACUUGUCAACAACAGCUGACUUAGAUCCUAGUGUGUAUUUUGUUUUGGGUUUGUAUGAAUCUUUUUCAACUGAGACAAAUCAGUAUCUUGAAGAUUCACAGCAUUUAAAGUCCACAUUUUGUUCAACUGUGAUGCAUCUUGCGAACCCAAAAUUAAAUGCAUAAAACUGAACUCCGGUGUUAGAUGACUGUUCAUAAGGAUCACUUGUCUACUGGAGUAAUAGCAUAAUUUGUUGUCAUUAAUGAAAAGCAAAAAUCAUUUAUUUCCACUAACAGAUGACCACCCUUUUAUGUGUAACACCUUUAACUGUCCUGUGCUUAAGAUGGAAUUUCUGCUUGAUGUGGUUUUGAUUAACAAUGUGUAAAAUGACAUCUGGUAUAGUUGUAAAUAUUACACUAUCUUUUUUUAAUUUUCGUUUUGUAAAUAUAUUUGGAUCUCACACCACCUAAGAUCCUGUGUAAUGAGGUACUGUACAUGCUCUUGGUUCAAUAACAUUAUUAUCACAGUCUGAAGGUCAUAUUACUGUUUCAUUUCAAGUGAAUGACCAGAAACGAAAUUUACGUUCUAGAAUCAUUUAUCUUCAUACUUUUUUAAUUUGUGGAUGUUAAUUUCCUUUAAAGCAGCAGCUUGACUCAAUGUUGUAUUAUGAAACCGCCACAGUAGUUUUCCAGUUAAGAGAAAGUACAAAGUGCUUGUAAUUUUUUUUUUAAUAUGAGACUUAGUAUAAUGUUCCAAAAUGAUCUUUGCAGUGUGACUGAGGAUAAAACUAAGACACAAAUAAUGCAUAUAUGUUGUAAACCAAGAUUUAUUAACAAUUAUCAGCUAAGCUGCUGAUAUUCCAGAAAAUGUUUUCAUUAUAUAAUCUCCCAAUUCAUUGUUGAUAACAGGACAUUUUUGGUAGUUCUUCUACUGAUAUGUACAUUAUUUAUGUCUCUCAGAGGACUAGGUACAGUUACUUUCAGAAACACGUGUAUAAAAUUGCUUUUGUUGUUUGUACAGUGUAUGUUUGUUUGUAUAAUAAUAAAUGAUACUUGUUA